GAAGAAGAAGUUGAAUCUCCUGAUGUUCACUUUGAACCCAUUGUCAAGUUGAAUGAAGUUGAAGUAAAGACAAAUGAAGAAGAAGAGGAAGUUCUCUUCAAAAUGCGUGCCAAGUUGUUCCGUUACCAAAAGGAUACUAAGGAAUGGAAAGAACGUGGUACUGGUGAUGUUAAGUUUUUGCAACACAAGGAAACCAAGAAGAUUCGUUUGUUGAUGCGUCGUGAUAAGACCCUCAAGGUCUGCGCCAACCACUUGGUUGACUCUCUCAUGAAGCUCUCUCCUAACGUUGGUUCUGACCGUUCUUGGGUUUGGAACGUUACUGCUGAUGUCUCUGACGGUAAGCCCGAAGCUGAAACUUUGGCUAUCCGUUUUGCCAACUCUGAAAAUGCCAACCUCUUCAAGGAAAAGUUUGAAGAAGUUCAAAAGAUCAAUGAAGAAUUG